AUGUCUGUGAGUGACUGCUCUGUUCAGAUACAUCCUUAUUCUUUCCAUGUCUCAGUCACUUUCGACAGGAGCACAGACGCACAGGCAGUAUCCAACCCUGUUCCUACUACACACGCACAAGCCAACCCAACACAUGGAGAGACUACGACUAUGACUUGGCAACAGUCGUCAACUCGUCAUGAAGUUCUUUGGGGUCUGCAACGGGCAAGAAGUAAGGCGUUCACCCACUUUAUCAGGCCCCUUGGACCGACAUUCGAUUGGUCGCACUCGCAUGUGGCUAGAAUGGAAGAAAAAAAGGACGAAGAUGAGUCGCAGACUCAUUUCGUUGUCGAAAGAUGGUUUACUUUCGGUAUCCCAGCAUGGCAGUGGUGCCAAGGCGACAGUCUCUUGCUCUCUUUUAUCGGGUUAACGCUUACCGGGAGUAGGUUUGGCUUAGUCUUAGGAAAUAAAUCUGUACCACGUGAUGACGGUUAG